AUGAAUGGGCUGUGUGUUAUAGAGAUGGACCUGCCCAUUCGUAGAAACAAACCAAUAAUUUUUGCUGAGGCAGCAAUGCUAGUGCUUGCACGUGCAAAGCUGGAUGCACAGGAGGGCCGUGCAAGCACCAGGCAUUUUUUAUGCAAACCCUUGCACAAAAUUAAAACUGAUACACAUUUGGUAAGUGCUUUCCAUACCUUUGGAAAGUACACUGGAGUUAGUCUACCUACAGGGAAAAGAAAAAUAAUCUCUAAUAAGCGAAUUGGCAUUCAGCCUACAUCUCUGCAGAGGAGACAACGUGCUGUGCCUGGUCUAAAAAGGCAUGGUGCAGGCCGUCCGAAAAAGCCAUCUGAAGGCGAGAUACAAGCUUGCCAUGAGAAAGGUAAAAGUAGGAAUUUCUCCUCACUUUCAGGGGCUCACAGCUUAAAACAUUGUGUGUCGCAAAAUACAUCCCUGGGAGGAACUCAUUCAAAAAAGUAAAACAUAGCUUUUCUAAGAUUAGUUGAUACUGUUACUUUAACCAUUGUUUUUUGAAGAAAUUUUGCACAUCACAUCUGAUGAAGAUAGAAAGAAAUAUCUGUAAAAACAAGGAAACUACAAAAAA